AUGCAGAAGGAGCUUGCGGAAAAGAUGAAGAGGAUUCCUUUGUUGAACAAAACUGCUGGCUCAACAAGAGAGGGUAGUCCACAAAUGGUUCAAAAGGAAGCUGCUAAAGUCCCACCCUCCAGUAAAGGUAUAUUGUCAACGCCUGUUGCUUUGGCAACUGCACCAGGUGUUUCUACUGGAGUAAAUCCAAGCACAACAACUUUACCAGCUGUUGCUUCUGCGAACCCACCACCAAGUGGCUUACCUCAUCUCACUGGGCUUACAACGCAAAAAUAUGAAGCUGUAAAACGUGCACAGGAGCUGGCUGCCAAGAUGGGAUUUCGACAAGAUCCAGAGUUUGCUCCCCUGAUUAAUAUGUUUCCAGGGCAGAUGCCCCCUGAUGUUACCAUGCAGCCAAAGCCUGCCAAAGCUCCUGUUCUUCGUUUGGAUGCACUAGGCCGGGAAAUUGAUGAGCAUGGCAACGUGGUGAAUGUUCCUAAAGCGAACAACUUGAGCACCCUAAAGGUAAACAUCAACAAGCAAAAAAAAGAUGCUUUCCAAAUUCUAAAACCUGAACUUGAGGUGGAUCUGGAGAAAAAUCCUCAUUUUGAUGCAAGGAUGGGAAUUGACAAGACUAAGCUUUUGAGGCCUAAGAAAAUGAGUUUUCAGUUUGUUGAGGAAGGCAAAUGGUCAAAAGAUGCUGAAAUCAUUAAGCUGAAGUCGCAAUUUGGGGAAGCAAAAGCCAAGGAACUAAAGGUAAAGCAAGCACAGCUGGCAAAGGCAAAGGCAGAGCCAGUUAUGAACCCAAAUUUGAUAGAAGUAGGUGAAAGGAUUAUCACCAAAGAAAAAAAGAAGGAUCCAAUUCCCGAGGUGGAGUGGUGGGAUGUGCCUUUCUUACAACAUGGUAAUUACAGUGAUAUUGCUGAUGGUACUGUAACUGAAGAUAAACUGAAAAUGGAAAAAAUUACCAUAUAUGUUGAACACCCUCGGCCUAUUGAACCCCCUGCUGAAGCAGCUCCUCCUCCACCUCAGCCCUUGAAGCUGACCAAGAAAGAACAGAAGAAACUCCGAACCCAGCGUCGUUUAGCUAGGGAGAAGGACAGACAGGAGAUGAUUAGACUAGGCGUGGUAGAGCCUCCAAAACCAAAAGUCAAAAUGAGCAAUCUCAUGAAAGUUCUUGGUUCAGAAGCAACCCAGGAUCCCACUAAGCUUGAAAUGGAAAUCAGAAGUGCUGCUGCUGAGCGUGAACAAGCUCACAUUGACAGAAAUGUUGCUCGUAAGCUCACUCCUGCAGAGCGCCGUGAAAAGAAAGAGAGGAAGCUUUUUGAUGACCAAAGUAUGCUGGAAACUAUAGUGUCAGUUUACAAGAUCAAUGACCUCUCGCAUCCUCAGGCCCGAUUUAAGGUUGACAUUAAUGCCCAGGAGAAUAGGCUGACUGGAUGUGCUGUGAUUUCAGAAGGGAUAAAUGUCGUCGUCGUCGAAGGUGGUGCCAAAUCUAUCAAGAGAUACGGGAAGCUUAUGCUUAGGAGGAUAGAUUGGACUGCUACUGUCGAGAAAGACGAGGAGAACGAAAAUGAUGACGAGGAUAAACCUGUGAACAAAUGUGUGCUCGUCUGGCAGGGGAGUGUUGCUAGACCAAGUUUUAAUAGAUUUUUCGUCCAGGACUGCAGAACUGAAGCUGCUGCAUACAAAUUCUUUUCAGAUCAUGGGGUUGCUCAUUAUUGGGAUCUUGCCAUUAAUUUCACAGAUGACCAAGUUUGA